AUGGUGGUUGAAGUGAAACGAACCGGCUGUUCGAGCGUCUUCGUCGUGUCUGCACUCUCUCACUCUGCCCUCCGCCCCCUACGCGGCUAUCGUCUUUGUCUUUGCCGCCCUAAUCGCACACCAAUAUUGGGAUCCGCUAUUUUGAACAUCCCCGACGAAUUCACCGAGGCCAAUCUGGACACGGUCAGCUGGAGCAUCAACAAAACGUUCGUCCAGCCGAUCGGCUACAUGUUUCCGGUGGUGGCCGGCAUCUUCGCCUCCCAGGCACUACCGAAUGAUGAAAACACCGAUGGCAACGUGCUUUUCCUGUUGUGGGGGCGGGGGAUUCUU